AUGAAAUCGAAAUCAAUUGAACAUAUUGGUGAUAUCGAAGGAAUCAAUGGUGAUAAUUGUAUAUCAGUUUGUUAUGAUGGUCAAGAUCAUAUCUAUUUAGUGAAUGGUCAUCAAACGAAUAGAAUUGAUCGAUUCAACAUCAAGACAAUGAAAUUUGAAUCAUAUCACCAAUUACCUGAUGGAUAUAUGUAUCAAAUAUCUUCAAUGAUCUUCAAAGGUUCAUUAUAUUCAAUACCAUGGAGUCAAAAUAAGAUAUUUCAAUUCGAUUUAACAAAUAGAACGAUAACAGAUCAUCAAAUUGACAUUAUAUCAACAUCAGGAUGUCAUGAUAACAAUGGAAAUUUCUUCAUAUUUAAUUCAACAAACGAUUCAUCAAAUACAAUGUUGAAACCAAACAAACAACCAAUCUCAAUGCUAUUCCUUAUGAGAAUAACCUAUGUGUGGUGUAUCAUCGAGAAUCACCAACAUCAAGUUAUAUCUAUUCAUUUGGUCGAACUAAAGAAUAUGCCAUGA